UACUGAAGCAGUCAAUACUCCGUAAACUGCUGCCAAACGAAGUGGCUGGAAGCGAUGCGCGUCAUCAGCCGCUCUGGGCACUCCUCCCAUGUGCGGCACGACGCAUGUCUGAAAAGACUGUCUUCAGCUGGAACUGCCGAUGCUCCUGCCUUUGCGAGUCACUUUUCCUUCUCAAGGCUGAACGCUGCUCUGAAGUCGCAGCUUUUCAGCACACUUGCAGCACUGUAAAUCCGUACGAUUCACUGUCUGACAAUCGCAAUGAUCGAAGUCAGGUCUCCCGGUCAAGGAACCGAGUAUAUCCCAGUUGUACCGGCAACCACAGAUCAAUGGGCAACCAGCUCGGUAUGGACGACGGAAGCGACAACCCCGGUUUGGACAUCUUGGACGUCGUCAUGGACGCCAACCAGCAAUUGGGUUUGGACUACAAGCACAACACCUUGUACUACCAGUACAUGGACACCGAUAUGGACAACAUCCACACCUUAUACCACCACGCUCAUAACAACCCCAUGCUGUACCGAGACGGUGGCUCCAGGUGUGACCACUAGCCCUUCGGAAGGCAUCGUGGUACAUCACAAUAACGGAGGCCUUUCGCCUGGUGCAGUCGGUGGGAUCGUCAUCGGAGCCUUCUUUGGAGUACUCCUCCUCUUCCUCCUCUGCAUCUUUUGCUUUCGGGCUAGGCGGCGCAAUGCAUAUUACGUCGACGACGAGUCCUCAGAGGACAGCCGUGACCGUCACAGGCCGCGACCUGUUGAUCCCUAUGGAGGUCGGCCAAUGACGUUUGCGGGCGGCGGCAAUCAGCGAGAAACGAAGGUCGUCAUCACGAAGAGCCAGAGAAUGUUUGUCCGACCGCCGCCAGCGAAGAGGGAGAGGAUUGAAAGGAUCCGUAGAGAGCGGAUGGUCGUUGUGGACGAGGAUUAACGGGGCCAAUGACGACAAACUCGAGCACGAACGCAGCUGCUCACUCGAUCUUUAUAUUUUUUGUAUGUAUUGCUCAUGGUUUCCAGAGUACAUAUACGCUGGGAUGUUUGAUAACGAUCGUCAAUGGUGUUUACGAAGGGGGACUACGAAGAUAGAAGGGACAGGACCGGUCUAGAGCAGAGCACUCUGACAGUAUUAUCUCACUUAUGAUAAACACCUAAGCUCUUUCCAAAUGUGCUAAGUAGAUUGGCCAACAGUAACG